GUUAUAUCCACACAAGUAAAUAUUUAAUUGUUAAAUAUGACGAAAAGCAUGAUGCUAAAUGAAAUCUUCAGCAUACAAGCUGUUUACCGUCAACGUUUUAGAACGCAAAGACGUGGCGUCGUCAAGCAUAAAGUUAAUGUUGUGUUGUCUUUUUUUUUUUUGUUUGUUUGAAGUGUUCAAAAUAAAUAUGGUAAAACUAGACCUUAACAAGAAUCAUCCAUUUAAUAUAUAUGGAUGAUAGAGUUCCGCAAUUGCAGGUUCCGGAGAUAAACUGUCUUGAGAACAAAGCUUUAUAUUUAAAGACUAUUAAAUGCGUAUUCCUCCGCGAUGUACUGGUCAAGAACUCAUGUUUUUUUUUAUUGCCGAUAACAAUUUCUCAAAAAAAUCUAAGUCUUGAAAAAUAUAUUACGGUUACAUUUUAGAAACUUUACGCCUGCGAUGGUACACAGUUUCUUUCGCAUGAAUGAGCAAAGGACAAUUGAAUGUCUGAAGUUCUUGCCUGUUUUCACAGUUUUCACAGUGGCAAUGAUAAUGAUACUGGAAGCUGAAAGUUUAGAACUCAGCGUAGCAACCAAGUUGGGGAGAGUUGUAGGCGUCAACGGUACCGUGGAAUUCAACGGCGAAACAAAGAGUUUAACGCGUUUUCUUGGAAUUCCGUAUGCGAAACCGCCUACCGGAGACAAAAGGUUCCAGAGACCGGAGCCGUACGGCAAUUAUACACAGACUUACGACGCAACAUAUUUCAGACCACAUUGUAUGCAGAGUGAACUUGCGAACCCGUCUGUAAAGUACUUCGGAAUGAGCGAAGAUUGUCUGCAUUUGAAUAUAUUUCUUCCUGGUAAUGCAUUGCCUUCUGAGAAUAAAUACGCUGUGAUGAUUUUCAUUCAUGGCGGGAGCUUUACUCAUAGCGGCGCGGAAGUAUUUUCCGGGGACAAACUCAGUGCUUUCUUUGACGUCAUAGUAAUUAAGUGGGUUCAUGAUAAUAUUGCAAAUUUUGCAGGUGACCGUGAAAAUGUGACUUUAUUUGGAAAUUCUGCGGGUGCGGCAAGUGUUGUAUACCAAGCACUAAACCCAACAAACAAGGGUCUAUUUCAGCGUAUAAUUACCCAAAGUGGAAGCGCACUGGCUAUAUGGGCACAACAAUAUAACUCGAGUGAAAUGUUUGCAGACUUUGUGUCCGAAGUAAACUGUAGCGUGGAACGGAAUGUAUACGAGGACAUUUUAACGCGUCUUCAGUUAAAGGCCGCGGAAGAAUUAGUUACAGACCGGUUCGGCCCUGUUGUAGACGGAAGUUUCAUAACAGAAGAUCCUUUAGUGACAUUUUCUCGGGUAAUGGUGGACAGCUCGUCUCCAUUGAGUUUGUUUACCGAAGUCGACUUUUUGUCCGGUGUACAAAGUAAAGAUGGCCUCUCUGUACUGGAUAGGAUGUUUCCUUUCGAUAUUUCUAGAGGUGUGGGCAGAAAUGUGUUUAAAGACAUAUUCAUUCCGGAAAUGUUAUUCCAUGUGUACGGCAGAGCAGUACCCCAAGCUUUAGUACAGUCCAUUAUCUACCAAUAUACCGACUGGUCAAGACCUGAUGACACUAAAAUAAUUAGAGAUAAAAUGCUAGAUAUUUCAUCCGACUUUGCAUUCUUCGUACCAGCAAUAAACACCAUCAAGAAGCACCAAGUUUUGGGAAAGCCUGGCAAAACGUCAUACUUUUACGUAUUUGAACAUAAGCCUCCCCUCAUGCCGGCCCCGUAUUGGCUACAAAGUGCAACACAUGCCAUGGAGCUGCCGUAUGUGUUUGGGCUGCCAGACUCGAUGAAAGUUGCUGCAGGAUAUCCUCCAGACUUGCAACUGGUACUUCCUCCACUAGAGUUGCAACUCUCUUCUAUCAUCAUGACAAUGUGGACGAACUUUGCUAAAACUGGGUAA